CGCGGGCGCCGGCGCUUUCAUUUCUUCUGCUACGGUGACUAAGAUGGAACCGUUCUGGGAGUCGCGGUCUGGCCAUUGGGCCGGGGGUCCGGCACCUGGGCAGUUUUAUCGCAUCCCAUCCACUCCGGAUCCCUUCAUGGGCCCAGCGUCCGCGCUCUGCGGGGGUCCAAUCACGAGAACCCAGAACCCCAUGGUGACCGGGACCUCGGUCCUCGGCGUGAAGUUCGAAGGCGGCGUGGUGAUUGCCGCGGACAUGCUGGGCUCUUACGGCUCGCUGGCCCGUUUCCGCAACAUCUCCCGCAUCAUGCGCGUCAACAACAGCACUAUGCUGGGAGCCUCCGGGGACUACGCCGACUUCCAGUAUUUGAAGCAGGUUCUCGGCCAGAUGGUGAUUGAUGAGGAACUGUUGGGAGAUGGCCACAGCUAUAGCCCUAGAGCUAUUCACUCGUGGCUGACCAGGGCCAUGUACAGCCGCCGCUCCAAGAUGAACCCUCUGUGGAACACCAUGGUCAUCGGAGGCUAUGCUGAUGGAGAGAGCUUCCUUGGUUAUGUGGACAUGCUUGGUGUAGCUUAUGAAGCCCCUUCCCUGGCCACUGGUUAUGGUGCAUACUUGGCACAGCCUCUUCUUCGAGAAGUUCUGGAGAAACAGCCAGUGCUGAGCCAGGCUGAGGCCCGAGAACUAGUAGAACGCUGCAUGCGAGUGCUGUAUUAUCGAGAUGCCCGCUCUUAUAACAGGUUUCAAAUCGCCACUGUAACUGCAAAAGGUGUUGAAAUAGAGGGACCACUGUCUGCAGAGACCAACUGGGAUAUUGCCCACAUGAUCAGUGGCUUUGAAUGAUACAGCUGCAUUAUCCUGACGUUGUAACCUUUAACUUUGAACUUGGUUGGUUCAAAGGUAGCCUUUCUUUUGUAAAAUAAAUCAGUCUGAAUCAAAGUA